AUGGGCUGUUGCCAACAACAUAAAUCAAAAACAAGAGUGAUCAAGCCAAAAGUUUCGGCUCUUUCUGUAUCAACAGCAGAUGAAAAUCAAUAUUUAGACUCGCCUAUUAAGCCAAAUUCAAAACUUUUAUUAUCUUACUAUGCAAGCAAUUCAAAAAUGCCAUCAUCUUUUAAAAGUAUUUUUGAAGCAAUUUUUGUUCACGAAGAAAUUGAUAUGGACGAAAUUAAUUUAAAUUUUGUUUCAUUUGGUUUAGAUGGUGUUUAUCACUUUGAGAUGAUAACAUCUUAUUUUACACAUAUAAAAAUUCUCAAGCUAAGUAACAUUGAAAUAAUGAAUGUUCAUGUUAAAAGACUAUCCCAUUCUAUUGCACAAAUGAUUAAUCUUGAGGUUUUGGGAGUCGAGGGGAACAGGUUUUCUGCUGAUGGGAUUCAACAAUUAAAUCCAUUUAAGCAUUUAAAGAAACUUAAAGAGCUGUACCUGGACAGAAAUAAUAUAAAAUCCUAUGGUAUGAAGUAUUUAUGUGAAAAUUUGGCAAAAUUAGAAGGUUUAGAGGUUUUAAGUUUAAAGCAAAAUUUGAUUGAAGAUGAAGGAAUUUUUACUUUGGGUAAAAUUUGGUGCUAUCUUCCUAACCUCAAGGCUCUUGAUGCUUGUGAAAAUAUGAUUUCUGACAUCGGAGCAAAAUAUAUCGCUAACAGUAUCGUGGUAGAAAAAAAUUUUUUUCGUUCUGGGUUUAAUUUUGUUUUAAAAAUUUAUAUAUAAAAAUUUUAUAAUAAUUUUUUUUUUCGAAAUAUAAAAAAUUCCAAUAUGCGAAAAUUGAAAUGCUAAAAAUUAAUUUGUAAUGUUUUAAAUGGGAGAGCUAUUUAAAAUUCAACAGAAUUAUCUAGACAUUUCAUUAAAAUAAUUACCAUUUAUAUAUCAAAAUAUUUUUUUAAAACAAGCAAAUUGUAUUAAACUGAUUUUUUUGUUCGCUCACGGAGGUCGGGCAAUUACCCAAAAAAUAGGCCAUUUCCAAUGGUUUUGUUUGCUCACUGAGGUGGAUAAGAACUUUUUCUCCUUGAAAUAUCUAGAUCUUUCCAGAAAUAGCAUUGAUUUAAAACUCAAAUUUCUUUUUGAAGCUAAUCAAACUUUACAAGCUAUUUUGUAA